UUCUUAUUCCUUUAAGCACGGAUACCUAUUUUUUGACUAUUGCGGCUUUUGUAAGAAUUCUUACUUUUUUUUUCAUUAACAGAAUACGUAACAAGUUCGGAAACCAAAAAAAAAGUGUCUAAAAAGAGAGAACAACUUUGACAAUUGAGUUGGAUCAAAGAAUCUUAAUUAACGUUUUUCUUUUCAUGGAAAAUGUAGACAUUUUGGAUUCCAUUAAUUGAGCAUUUUCGCUAGAAGGAUUUUUGCACGUACAAUUGACCUACUCCUGUUGCCCUUCACUCGACUUUUUUACGCUUUUUUUUAAGCCCUUAUAUAUAUUUUCCCUCUUGACGGUAUCAGUGCGCAACCGAUAGAAGAAUUAUCAGCUGGGAAAAAAAGCGUUCCAACCUCUUUCGUUUUAUUGUCCGACCUUUAUCGAUGAAUUCACAUCAGUGUUCCGUCGUGGUGGUUGGCGAAUACCCAAAGUCGACCAUCGACUUGCUUGACACAUUCUACGGAAAUGUUGUCGCCGUCAAUACUACCAAUGAAGCGUUUGAAGCGCUCCAGUCACAACCUCGCCAACAGUUUUCUUCCACAAUAUGUCUACUCGAUAUCGAAGACGAUACCGCCGACGAACGAUUCGAAUUCCUCUCAUCGCUUGUUCGCCAACUGGAAUCCAGUGACAUGGCUGACGUAGUCCCCAUUGUUUCUUCUUCGACUGACAAGCCGGAAUUUAUGUUGAAAUGCCUCGACUAUGGUGCGGCUGAUUUCUUAAUCAAACCUCUUCGCGAAGACAUUGUCAAGACCAUGUUUCUGAACGUGCAUCGUUAUAAUCUACGGAAGGAUCAGUCAGAUCGUGAUGCCGACAGUCCGAUCAAAAAGGCCAGUAACGCUAUAAAGGAAUCAGGAGGUAAAAUGUGGGCCCACUUUAGCAAGCGCAUAAAAGAAGUGUUUGUCACCGAUAAUUGGGUGGCACAAAACCUUGUGACUUACUAUAUGCCGGAGUGCAGUGGACGACGUUCUUCUGUCUUUUCCAUGACGAGUGAUAGAAAACUCUAUCUCAAAGCACAAAUUUGCAGCUGGGAUUUUUUGGCCCUCAAUUUGGAAGAGGCGGAUCUGAUUCAGUGCGUUUAUAUGAUUUUUGAUCAAGUACUCGAUUUUCCAGAACUGCAUCACCUGAGAGUCCCAUCAGAGCAACUGUACGAUUUUGUGUUUGACAUCGCCGGAUAUUACCAUACCGAGAAUCCGUAUCAUAAUUUUCGUCAUGCCGUGGAUGUGCUGCAAGCCAUCUACUAUUUUAUGUGCAAAAUUGGAUUGCUGGAACCCAUGGACCCCAACUCCAACGCCGCCUUCUCCACCGUUCGAGGCAGCGUCGGGUUCAACAAAUGGCGCAAAUCUGCAAGCAGCAAUAGCAAGAGUAUCAAACGCCUCAUGAAACCCCUGGAUAUUCUCGCCCUCGUUAUGGCUAGUAUUGGACAUGAUGUAGGCCAUCCAGGCGUCAACAAUAUGUUCAUGGUCAACACCUCAACCCAAUUAGCCAUUCUCUACAAUGACCGAUCCGUAUUAGAAAGUUUCCACUCCAUGACGUUUUUCCACCUAUUACAGAAUCAAUGCUUCAAGCAGCUGACGGAUAUUCGAGCCAACAAUGAAUAUGCAUCCUUUCGAAAAAUUGUUGUAAAUAGUAUUUUAGCCACCGAUAUGAGCAUGCACGAUGAUUACGUGCGAAAAAUAGAAGAUCAAGCCAAACGUAAUUCCGACCACGGUAUCAACGAUGCCGACCCAAGCGCAUGCGAACAAGAAAAAAUUCUACUUUGUGGUGCUCUCAUCAAAUGUGCAGACAUUAGUAAUUGCGCGCGUCCGUUUCCGUCCGCCAAACGAUGGGCGCAAGUACUGGCUAGUGAAUUUUUUGAACAAGGCGAUCUGGAGAAAGAAUUAGGACUGCCAGUCAUGCCCAUGAACGAACGAGGAAAAGUCAGUUUGGAAGACUUCCAGUUAUCCUUUAUGCGAAAUGUCGCUUUGAAGCUUUUCAAAGUGAUACGAGAUUUAUGUCCAGAAAUGGGUUUUUGCCUCGAAUAUAUCAAUGAAAAUAUAGAUUACUGGGAAGAUAUCAAGCAACAUCAUCAUGACUCGGGGGUAGGGAACGACAUACAAUCUGAAUGUAGUCAUGGCGAAUCACCGACCAGUAAAACCUCCUCUCAAGGAUAGGUGAUCAUUCUAUGUCCAAGGAACCCAAGCCUUUUCCCCGUCGCAGCAGUCCUAUACGCGAUUCCCCCAAUGCCGUUAGCCCAGACAUGAGUGGAAGCCAGCAAAAACCAAUCAACUCUAAAACCGAACUCACCACAUACAGUACAAGUGAUCAUGAUCCUUCGUCGCAUCCAAAAAACGCCAAAAGACGACGCUUGCCUUGCCAUUGUUCGCUCCAAUAAUCUUUAUCAUACUUCAACUUAUAGACCAUCGUUCCCAACACCUUUUUUCUUUUUUGUUUUCUCCAUAUACAUUGUAUCAAAAGUAAACGUAAUUCCAAAAACGAAGACAAGGAAAGGCAAGAUGAAAAAACCCCCAAAAACAACCACAUUACUGUAGGAUUUUAUAAUUGUUCUUAUUCUUUUGUUUGUACAUUUUUUUAUGAAGACUCGUUUGUAUAUUGUUCUUAUUAUAAAAAAUUAUUACUGAUUAUUGACCA